AUGAAUCAGUCUGAUAUAGGCGAUAAGAUAGUUAUGAUGAUGAUGUUCAAGAAAGCCUUAGGGUUAUGUGUUGAAAUAAAAUUUGCUCAUUGGAACCAUGCAUAUUUGGUAUUGUUGGCAUAUAGACAGUGCACUGGUUUUGUAUAG